UUAAACGGCGGCAAGUGCGAGAAAUCACAACAAUACUAACUCGAAAUGCACAGCGCAACGAAUUAGUCUGACGUCGCGGCGCCGGGCGUCGCACCGCUCCGCCGCCGGGAGUACAAUGUAUUUAUAGCGUCCCUGGGCGAAAAAAGCCCCAAACAACCAACGAUGACUUUAGUCGCGUUCGCCGCGAAACGCUUCGCGCGAGACAAAUCACGAAAACUUCCUAUUUUUCACAAACAAAUCGAAACUUACUCGUAAUUCAUAUAAAUAUGUCGAAAUAAAUGUCGAGUGUGUUUUAAUUACUCUAUUUAGUGUUUUAUGGAUUAAAACCAAGAAUUACGUAGAAGGCAUUUUCAAAAUGGCGCUGGUGAUGUUACCCUGCGAUCUCCCUUGGUGGGGGUCGGUACAAAAACAAUUGAAGAAAAUUGCUUCGACAAAGAAUACAAUGGAAUUAAUCGAAGGAAUGAAGCGCAUUCAUGAUAUGUGCAAUAUAAGUUUGGAUCCGGAUGAUGACACGCCUGAUCCGCAACAAUUCGUAGGCCUUUUAAACUUUCUCGACAACGAUAUGACCAUUAAAGAACGCAGUGAUUUCCUUAAUAAAAUAUUACCAUGUAUGGCAAACCGUGCAUGUGAUUUACGACAGUACCGGCCUAAAAAUGGAUUACAUUUUAGUCUACAACAACAACCUGAUUCAACUGAUUUAGAUUACAAUCUGGUUGCGUCGCUAGUAGCAAAUGCGUUUUUCUCAACAUUUCCAAAACGAACUGUGAAAACGCACCCGACGCUACAGAACUUUAACUUUAGCGACUUUUUUCGAUAUUUAAACGAAAACUGGCAAAAAGCGAAGUUGCGCAGUGUGUUCAACUACUUCGAAUGGUUGGCAGAUGAUAAAAAUUCUAUUGGAAAAAUAAAAAUAAUGCGACAGGUUAUGUCUAGUAAAGAAUGGUUGACAAUAGAAGAUUGGUUAGAAUGUAGUCUUCCAUUAUGUCCUCUACAUAUAAAACACGAAGGCAAGCUUGAAAGAGCGCCCAGUGAUUGCUUAAACAUCUGUUUCGCGUGCAACAAACUCGGUGGAAAAGUUUUAGAAAAUGGCAACACACAAGAAUCAAUAGCGUUCUGCACAAUACCCGAAAUACUCUGUACCUUGCUAAAUGUCGAAGCGCUCGAGGAUAAUGAAGUCCUGACUGUAUCCAACGUAAGGAGGGUUGCCCGCAUCACGGACGCGAAGCAUCGCGCACAACUACAGCCGCUGGAACCACAAGAGAUUACAAUGUGUUGUGUAGAUGCGGAGGACUACGCGAAACUGCCACUCGGCCAAUACGAAGAGGACAACGUGCUCAGAGAGUUGAACAAGUGCCUGCUCGCCUACCAGCAAAAGCAAUCUCAACCCACGCAAGCGCAAACACAGUCUGCGCCGGCAGAAACUCAACACCAACGCGCUGCAAGACGUCUCUCGCCAAUUGGCGAAUCACUAUCCCUGGGAUCCAACACGGAAGUCAGCGCAACAAUAAACAUCCCGUUAAUCAAGGAAGAGUCUUGUAGCACUAAUCGAAGUGGCUCGAGAAGUCCAACUAAUAAUAAUUUAGAUGGUAAUAAACUCAGUGUACAGUUGGAAUAUCAGUUACCACGACAUCAGCCGAAGUUUACAACCAACGAGGCCAUUUUGAAUAAUCGCCGAGGGAAAUUUAUUGUUCUUGGAUCAUCAGGAGAAUGUCUUCCAGUUAAGAGACGACCGUUGGGCGAUGAACAAAGUAAAUACUCAAGUUGUAGUGAUGAUGAUGACGAUGAAUUUCACAGCGCAAAGACUAGUAUUGAAGAUGAAUACGAGAGCGAGGAUGAAGAAUUUCAUAAACGAUAUAGUAUGGAUCUGGAGACACCAGAGAGGCGGCAUACGUUUGCUGAAAGACUGAGGGAAGCGCUAAGAAGAGAAGCUAGCAAUUUUACAAGUUCAUCAGAGUCUGGUUAUGCUGUAGGAAUUAAUAUUACUGGUGCAAGUAUAGCUGAUCAAGAUAUCAAAGUUAGACGAAAAGGAUCAACAGGUUUCCUUCUCCAUGAAGAAUCUCUUGACGAAGAGUUCCUACGCGAUUCACUCGAUCAAGAACGUCAGUGGAUUGACAAGUUCCGCAAUAAACAAAGCGGACUACCACGAAAAGACACUAACCGCUCAUCAGAGUACAGCUUCAGUACCGAUUACAGUUCCGAGUUAGAAGAAGUCUAUGACCAAUUUUCAAGAUGGCUGGAUGAUCCAAUAUUAGAAACUGACAAAGGCACUAAACGAAAACUGGAUGCUAGAGAUUUAGCUGUGGUUCAGUUUGCUGGAUCAAUAUUAAAACGUACUCUGAGCGAAUCGUUCGCUGGAGUUUCACUUACAGAUGGUUGUGAUCCGGACACUCCUGCGCCGACGCCAGCGGAUAAACGAAACAAAAUGGUGUUAAAUGCUAAGUCUUUGAGUUUAGAGCUUGCUAAACAUAAGCACCGCCUGGCGGCACAAUUGAGUCGCACGGUCGAAGAGGAUGACGCGGAAGAUAUUCUCGUAGUUGUAGAUGGUGUGGCUGAUGGCGGAGGCGCUUGUACGCUGCCCAAUGGCAACAAAAUGGCGGCGCAGCCGGCGCCGCGCAAAAAGUUGAAUUGGGUGGCGACCUGCAUCGACGCGGUAGUGCAAACCUUAGAGGACAUUUGCGUUAACGUUAUCCUGCCUCAGCCUCUGCCUCCAGAGAUUACCAAUACUAAUCGGAAGUUAUCACAGAUUGCUCAAAAACCAACCAAUGGCUUACGACCGGUGGCCACCGGUAAUUGGGGCUGUGGAUCUUCGAAACACGGCGAGGUGCAGCUAAAAGUUGUAAUUCAAUGGAUGGCAGCAAGUGUAGCUGGCGCGCCAUCUUUGAUAUAUUACACCUGCGGAAAUGCAGAGCUCGCAUCUCUGGACACACUGUACAGAAUACUCAGGGACCGCAAGUGGACUGUGAAGGACCUCGCGGAAGCGACGUUACGCUAUUCGACGCACAUGAUCGAAGGUCGCAACGAGAACGUGACACUCUUUGAUGAACUCAUUGGUGUUGAGCGGAACGCGUGACAAUACACAAACACAUGAUAGAAUAGGUCUCUCUUGUAAAAAAAUGGGCGUCUGAUCAAAUUUUAGAACGAUAAAGAAAACGUAGUAAAACAGAAUCAAUUAGAACAGCAUAUCUUAGAAGUUAUGAUGGAAUUAACAUAAAAAUGUAACAAAAUUGACAGUUAGCAGGAAAAUAGUAACAGGAAUUUUAUUCCGCCAGUCUUCCUAUGACUCAUGCAGAAAACAAAACAUAUACGAUUAAAAAGCGUUGACAUUUUGAAGUUCUUUUGUUUUUAGGUGGAUUUUUAAUCGUUUUACACAAGACAAGAGAAGAUCAGAAACAUAGAAAGCAAAAAUUCAAAAUGGCGGGUGUUAUUUGUUCAUGAAACUUUAAAUUUAUGAAAAGAAUUUAAUUUUUUAAACCGUUUCUGCCGUUAAAGUGUUAUUAACGCCUUAAAAAUAUAAAAAGUAAACUUUUUGAUAUAUUUACGAUAUUACUGGACGAUAUAAACAGAAAGUCAACGUAAAGGGACAAAAAGACAACUAUUUUAGAAUCUAAGUUAAAGUGUAAAUUUAAAGAGGAUUGUUGUUCUAUUACGAUUACGAUUGAGAUAUAUGACUACACUAUAUUUAUUAAUAAGUAAUUACAAAAAUUUUAAAUAAA